AAAUUGAAGAGGCCCCAGAUCGGCGCCGGUUUGUUCUGAAAUCAGUGGCGUAUCUGUAAAUUGAUGGGUAAGCCAUUGGUUUUUAAGUCAAAUAAAGCAGGGAAGUGAUGCUCACACGCUUUCGUCAACUUUUCUUUUCCUUCCCAUUUCCCAGCCAGCAGUUGCUCUCUGCUCUGCAAAAACUCUCUCUCUCCUUCUCACGCACACGCACGCACACACACACACACACACUUUGUGACAGAUCUCUUCUACCGUUUCCCACUCUUUUAUUUAUUUAUUUAUUUAUUUUUCCUUUUUACUUUCUCUGUGUUUUCCAAUUUUCUCUUCUCUCUAUUUUUCAGUCAAAAAGUCUUUUUUUUUUUUUUUCUCUCUCAAUGUUUCUUCUUCGUCUUUCUUCUCCUUAGUACACACCGGCCCAUCAAGUCUUGCCAUUUAUUCUUCUCAAAGUCUACUCCUUUUUGAUCCACCACUUGCUUUUUGCAGCGCCACCACUCCUACUUUCUUCUGGGUUUUCGCUAUCUUUGCUGAAUUCUGAAGUUUCUGGGGGGUUAAAAUAACUAUAUUUGGGAAUCAAAAUCUGUUUUUGUAUUUUUGUAAUUGGUGUUAAAACUACAAAAAGGGUAUAGUGGGAAAAAGGGAAAUGAGGGAUGUUUUCGUGGUUGGCAAGGAUAGCGUGGGCUUGUUGGAAACCAGUCAGGCAAUAUGCACGUAUGAGCAAGGAAGAGGUUGAGGACUCCUCCAUUGAAGACUCGCUUGUUUGGGGUAGAGACCUUGAAAAGCACUCGUAUGGUGAAUUCUCUUUCGCAGUGGUUCAGGCCAAUGAGGUUAUUGAGGAUCAGAGCCAGGUCGAGACCGGCAAUCACGCGACCUUUGUUGGUGUCUAUGACGGCCAUGGAGGCCCUGAGGCCUCUCGCUUCAUCUGUGACCAUCUCUUCCUUCACCUUAUGAGAAUUGCGAGAGAAAGGGGAACCAUAUCAGAAGAUAUCCUUAGAAGUGCCUUUUCUGCAACUGAGGACGGGUUCCUUACUCUUGUGCGUAGGACAUGUGGAAUAAAACCAUUAAUUGCGGCCAUUGGUUCUUGUUGUCUUGUUGGAGUUAUCUGGAGAGGGACAUUAUAUAUUGCUAACGUAGGGGAUUCUCGAGCUGUAAUCGGUUGUGUAGGUAGAUCGAAUAAAAUAGUUGCUGAGCAGUUGACUAGGGAUCACAAUGCAAGUAUGGAGGAAGUUAGACAAGAGCUAAGGACCUUGCAUCCAGAUGAUUCGCAUAUUGUCGUUAUGAAGCAUGGAGUAUGGCGUAUUAAAGGCAUCAUUCAGGUAUCUAGAUCAAUAGGUGAUGCAUACUUGAAGAGGCCAGAAUUUUGUCUUGAUCCUUCAUUUCCUCGGUUUCACAUUCCUGAACCCAUCCGUAGGCCUGUGCUAACAGCAGAACCAUCUGUAUACUCUAGAGUUCUGCAACCCAAUGAUAAAUUUGUAAUAUUUGCAUCGGAUGGUCUCUGGGAGCAUUUAACAAAUCAGCAAGCUGCUGAGAUUGUACACAAUAACCCACGAGCAGGAAUUGCAAAAAGACUUGUUAAAGCAGCUUUAAAUGAGGCAGCAAGGAAAAGAGAAAUGAGAUACGAUGACCUUAAGAAGGUUGAGAAGGGAAUCAGGCGGUUCUUUCAUGAUGAUAUUACCGUUGUGGUCAUUUUUAUAGAUCAUGAGUUGGUAGGGAAAAAUAUGACGGUGCCUGAGCUGUCAGUAAGAGGAUUCAACGACACCGUUGGACCAUCAAGUUUCAAUAUUAUUCAAGGAUUGAUGUGAAGAUUGCAAUGUCUGUUGCCUCAAGUAUCAUCCAACCUCUUGAAUGCAUGGCUUCCUCUGGUUUUAGAAAAUCAGUUUUUAAGUCAGCAUUUUUGCAACAUGGGGUUUUUAUUUCUUUUUUAGUUUUCUUUUCUUUUUUACUUCUUUUUCUUUUUAGUUUUCUUGGAUGUCUUUCUUUCUCUCCUUUUCGACUUUCUUAUAUUGCAAAGCAUGAAACUGAUUCCUUUUCCCUAAGAUGCACAUCUGGUGAUAAAUCCUUGAAAAGCAAAGCUAAAGCUACGGAUUUAUUUUUUUUUAUUUUUUUUGGGGUUUCAUUCAUAUGUUGGUCUGUAUACACUCGUUGUGGAAUUUAUACACUUUUGCUUUAAUAAAUCUCUUCUUUUAUGUGUUUCUAUAGUCAA